AGCAGGGAGGGAGGACUGCGGGCGCCGCGUGUGGGGGUCGGAGCGCCGCGCUGCCGCCGCUACACUGCUCUGCUCUGCUCCGGGUGUCUGUCUGUCCUCCGUCGAAAAAGUUGGAAUCAUUUUUAAUCAACUUUCGUGGCCCAUAAAAAAGUAAACUGAAGACAUUUUUUUUUUUUCUCUGAGUUCGUCAGAAAAUAUUUGAACUUUGCUAUUUUUCCAAAUAGACUGGCGGAACUUUUUUUUAUUGGGGAAGGAUAGAGAACUAGAUUGAAACUUUACCGUGUUGAACGAGGAGUGAGUGCGUGAAGACUUGACGAGUGCGGUGCGUCUUCACGUCAGUCUGAGCAACCCAAGUUGAUCGCACGAGGAGACAUAAAGGAGACUCCACGAAUGAAUUCAAGGACAUAUUAGUACGUUGCAACAUAAGUAAAUUUAACCUGAAAAAUGGUGAUCAGUUACUGUCCGCAGCGAUAUCCACGCACAUGAGGCAGAACAGCUACAGAGAUACAAGUAACGAACGUGAAGUAUCUUGAGAUUUAGAAAGGAAAAAUCAUCUAUAUAUAGGCGAAGAUGUUACCGAGAAAGCACACGAAAAGGCCGCAAAUAACACACCGCGGUGGUUUCAGAAAGGAAAGUUGAAGAAGAAUCAACAACACAUACAAAACAAAAACACACCAAGAGGGAAACUGAGACACCGAAAACAAAGAGCGGGUGGCGAUCAAACACUCCCUGCCAGACCAAAGAGAACUCCAGCGCCGAUGAUGCGAGCCACGACCCACAAACAAACCUUCUGCAGAGCGAAAAUAAAGAGUAUGAGAAUAUUUACAUGCCUGACAGAAGCGUGAGGCGUCGGUUAGAAAGGAAAAAAAUAAAAGUAAAACAGAUAAAAACUCCCCUCAUGCAUGACACAGGGGAGCGUGAGAAGCAGUCUUUUCCUUGUAUGUUAAUGGGCAGGAAACUUUCACUAACACUGAAGUGACACUUGUGGAAACUCGAGGGACGGUGAAGCAAUUAUCGCCACACAAAGAGGAAGGGAACAGUGGAACCAAGUGCAUGCAUAAAAACUGUACUACAUCACAUGCACACCGAGGAAAUGAAACUGAAACAAAGAGGAAAAAAUAUAACAGGAAAUUUUGUUUAACUCCUCAGUCUUGGGUGAUUUCAUACUAGCUGUUUUCUACUUCAGCGAAACGUCGAAGAAAUUAAACUUGAUGAAAGAAAAAGGACAAUAUAUAAGUGAAAAAUAGGGAAAAGCAAAAUUGACAGUAUAGCAAUUUUACUCUAGAGCGAAAAGAAGAAGAAUACGUAGAAUACCAAUCUUGAAAGUGGCAAUAAAUGGACAAAAGCGACGUAGACAAAACAGAAAAGGAUUGAACAGGACGAAAAACUGAGAGAUAGAGAGAGAGAGAGCAAGUGAGUGAGUGAGUGAAUAACAGAACAAGAAAGAGUAAGAGAGAGAGAAAGAAAGUAGACAAGAACAGCAAUGCCCAAGACCAACCAGAGAAAUGCUAUUGCUGUUGUUGUUACUAUUCCUGCAGCCGUUGUUGUUUUUGUUCUUGUUGUGAGUGGCCAGCUGACCGAGUGACAAUACCAAUCAGAAGCUUCCAAGUGGUGUUCCAAGAUGGCGGCGACGAUCUUGACGGAGUUGUUCACCUGCGCCAUCUUGGUCUUCCCCUCCCUGCCCCGCCCUACUCUCCAGUCAGAUGUGGCCGUCAACCUGGGCUGGAACUGGGAAAUGUGGUGGACCUACGAUGGGAUCUCAGGUCCCGAGUUCUGGGGCGUCAUCAACCCGGCGUGGGCCAUGUGCUCCGAGGGGCGGCGCCAGUCCCCCAUCAACCUGGACCCCCGCACCCUCCUCCACGACCCCAACCUCACGCCCCUCUCCCUCGACAAGACACAGGUGCACGGGAACUUGGUCAACACGGGUCACAGUCUGGAGUGGCGGGUCAAGCCGUCGUCGGGGCCGCGGGUCAACCUGUCGGGGGGGCCGCUCUCCUACACCUACUCCGUGAGCCACCUGAGACUGCAUUUCGGGGAGCGCGACCUGCAGGGCUCCGAGCACACCAUUGCGAACUAUGCCUUCCCCGCUGAGCUCCAGAUCUACGGCUACAACGCCCAGCUCUACCGCAACUUUACCCAGGCGGCCAGUCAGGUGUACGGCGUGGUGGCUCUGGCGGUGCUUGUGCAAGUAGGAGAGACCCCCUCGCCAGGCCUGGCCACCCUCCUGCAGGGGCUGCCCGCCGUCCACUUCGGGGGGUCCUCAUCCCCAACACACGAGCUACGGGUAAGCGAACUGCUGCCCACCACCGACCAGUACCUCACCUACGACGGCUCCCUCACGGUGCCCGGAUGCUACGAGACGGUCACCUGGAUCAUCCCCAACAAGCCCCUCUACAUAGCCUUCACGCAGAUGCGCAGCUUACGGCGGCUGAAGCAGGGCGCCUCACACUUCAGGAGGAACGCCCCCGUCGCCAACAACUUCCGGCCUCUCCAGUCCGCGCACCACCGCACCGUCCGCACAAACAUCGACUUUUCGGCAGACCAGCAGGGCAAGAAAUGUUCAAUCUCGGAGCCAAAAUUUCAAUAUCAAGCUAAUGACUGGCUGCACUCCUGACCUUGAUCCCGCCUGGCCUGGUGGAGAAGGCGGCGGCGGCGGUGGCAGCAGAGGAGGAGGCGGCGCCGCUGCUCCCCACCGAGACUUGUCUAUAUGUAAAUACCAAGUUUGCCCCCAAUAACUGCAUUGUCGGCCGGCGUGCAUCUCCAGGCCAUGGCAGUUUAGAGAAGACCCCCCUUACACUGUAUUCCUCUAGCAAUAACUCCUAGAACGUCCCUACGAACGACUCCUAGAAAGAUUUUUUGUAAUACUACGACGAUGACUUCGAAGAAUGUCUCUGUCAGUCAAGUGGCAAAAUAGGGUAAAAAGACAAAGUUGUAAUAAAAUCGAGUUGAAUAAUAAUGCAUCUUCCCUGAA